AACAUAUUUUGCUAUAGUGAACGUUUAAUUUGUUAAGAGAAUAAAUUAACAAUGAAAUUUAAAAAGUAAUUAUACAUAAACCGCCGUAUACCUCCUAAGCAAAUAACUAAUAAUAAAAAUUUAAGCAAUAAAAUCAAAAAGUGUAAGUUUAAAAUGGAUGAACUGACAAGAGCGUACAGUCAAUUAAAUAUAAAUACUAACGUUAUAGAAGAAGAUACAUCAGGUAGAACAUGUCAAAACUACAAUAACGGGAACCUGGAGAUAUCUAAACUAGGUACUAUACCAGAGUAUUCAAUAGCACCAACGAGCUAUGCAAAUACACCGUCAAGCUGUACUGAUCAAGAUUGUAAUAUACAAUGUUCACAACAAACUUAUAAAGAUAUCACAGGAGUUGUUUCUUCCGCUGUGCAAAACAAAAUCCCAAUUGAAACCCUAGGACUAAUGGAUAACAAUUUUCCUGAGCUUGACAAAGUAGUUGCUGUAAGGAAAACACAAAUACAAUCCGGAUUAUUAGAGAAAUCUGUUGAUGGGAUAGAUAUUUCGGAAGAAAAGCCAACAUGCUCAAUUUAUACAAAACAAUCAAAAUAUAAUUAUCUACAAGAAAUGCCUCACUCUGACGGAACACGAAAUGUCUUUACAGCGCCAGAAACUUCCCCGCUCCAUAUAAGUAGCACAGGUGAUGGUGACGGACCUGGACCUGGACCUAUUACAAUUCGCAACCGAUCGGGCACCAAUUCAUUACGCCGAAACAGUACUUCAAAAGCGUGUGCAAAUUAUAGUGAAAUCUUUUAUGGGUUUGUUACACUAUUUAAGAUGGACCGACGUUUUAAGAAAUGGAAAACUAUUUGUAAGGGUAUUCUUAAAAUAGUUGAAGAUCCAUGCAAUAAAAUGAGAAAAUUAAUAAUGCGUAAUCCUAAUACGAUGGUAAUCGUUGUAAAUCAUAGAAUAGAUCAGGGCGUCAUAUUCAAAAACAUCGACACAAAUGAUAAACGUAUAAUUUGGAGUGCAUUAAAUUAUGUGAAUAAUACAUUUGGAUUGCGGGAUAUGUUGGGAAUUGAAUUUCAUUCUUCGUACGCAUAUAAGAGAUUUAAACAAUGUAUACGGACCAUUUUCAAAGAGAUUGAUGAAGAGGAUUCUGAUUGAAUAAAAUUAUAAACCAAAUUUUAUUUACAAUAUUUAUUUUGGAUGUAACCGUUUUAGUAAA